GCUUUCUAAUUACGAAUAGAUAUAUCAUAUAUGCAUGGAUCGGUUGCAAUUCUAUGAAAUUCGGUGACUUGUACGCAGCUGCAUCGACACGACCUAGCAACACGGUCGGUGUGACUUCCAUUCUCGGAGGUUCUUCAGAUAACACCGGCUCUGGAAUCGCUAGGCGAUUAGUGUUAAAAACUGGUCUCAACAUAAUUCUUGCUUGCAGUAUCCCAAAGAAUAGCCCCAUGCUUGAGGUAAAUGCUGAAAAGAAGCUAAUGGAGAAGUCGACCAGUUUGGGAUACACGCAGCCAAGAUAAUGAUUUGUGAAAAUUUUCUUCCAUGGAAAAAGCUUGUAUCUUCAAUUCUUCAUUGCCCUGAACAUAACAGCGAGGUGUGUCCAUCCGCACCAACACCUGGUGGUUCUUUCUCCUUAACUCCACUUUAUUGGUUUGGAAAGUAAACCCCCAAAUGACAA